UUGUGGAGGCAGCUGUUCAUUGGUGCGUCUCCGGAGUGGAGCUGUGGAUUACCUCGCCGGGAGGGAGGAGGAACCGUGUUUCACUCUAAUUCCACAGGCUUGUUAUGCUGUUGUAGCUGUUGUCGCUGCUAGAAUAAUAUUUUAUUGAACAGUUUUUUUUCCUUCCCUCCCCGGUUGUUACCUCGGGGUGUGCUAGUUAGCGAGUUAGCCUCAGCUAGCCAGCCAGUGACACUCCAAGUCCCACCCUCACCCUCCGUGCGUGGACGCUGGAGUACUGCAGCAGAGAACUCCAGUAUUUCCCUCCCUCUCAACUUAUUCGCCAGCAUCCCCCGUGCAGCUGGCCGGCAAGGAAAAAAAAACUGCCUCCUCUAAAAGGUUAGCUAUAGGUUAAAGGCGACGCCGACGUGAAACAGCUGGCUUUCCGUUCGCUCGACUAGUGUCUUUCGUGGAGGGAUUGGGUCGCUACACUGGCUAAAGGCAGAGACUGGAUAAAAAGAAGAGAGAACCAGAGAGACACGGCCAAGGAGGGGACUGGCUAGUAUAGCCGGGGAGACAGAUUCUCAAAUAGAAACCAAACGCUGCCUCCGAUCCGCACACAGCCAUGAGUAUUGAGAUACCGGUGGGGUUGACAGAACUGCUGCAGGGAUACACUGUGGAGGUGCUGCGACGAAGGCCAUCAGACCUGGUGGAUUUUGCAGUACAAUACUUCACCCGCUUGCGAGACACCAGAAGUCAGGAUGGGGCCAGCACAGGAAAGACGGGGAAAGGAGUGGUGUUUGACGGCGAGCCGAUGCAAACAGAGUCCAACGGUGAAGAUGACGAAGAUGAUGACUCCGAUUUUGAGCCUCCACCACCCAGCAGAUUCAACAGGAGAGUGUCAGUGUGUGCGGAAGCUUUCAACCCAGACGAGGAUGACGAGGACACCGAGCCCAGAGUGGUGCACCCAAAAACAGACGAACAGCGCUGCAGACUGCAAGAAGCCUGUCGAGACAUCCUACUCUUCAAAACACUAGACCAGGAGCAGUUCUCACAGGUGCUAGACGCCAUGUUUGAGUUGAUCGUCCAGCCCCAGGAGCACGUCAUCGACCAGGGAGACGACGGAGACAAUUUCUAUGUCAUAGAGCGGGGUGUGUAUGAUAUCGUGGUGUCUGGAAAGUGUGUGGGCCAGUAUGACAACAAGGGCAGCUUUGGGGAGCUGGCGCUCAUGUACAACACGCCACGUGCUGCCACCAUCGUAGCCACCCAGGAGGGGGCGCUAUGGGGACUGGACCGUGCUACGUUUCGUAGACUCAUUGUAAAGAACAACGCCAAGAAGAGGAGGAUGUACGAGUGUUUCAUCGAGUCUGUGCCCUUACUCAAGUCACUGGAGGCGACGGAGAGGAUGAAGAUUGUGGACGUAUUAGGAGCGAAGCAGUUCUCAGAUGGCGAGCGCAUCAUCACACAGGGAGAUAAAGCCGACUGCUUCUACAUCGUAGAGUCUGGGGAGGCUAAAAUCAUGAUGAAGAGUAAAACGAAGGCCGACCACGCAGACAAUGCGGAGGUGGAGUUGACGCGCUGUAGCAGGGGUCAGUACUUCGGGGAGCUGGCCCUGGUCACCAACAAGCCCCGAGCCGCCUCGGCCUACGCAGUCGGAGAUGUCAAGUGUUUGGUAAUAGACGUGCAGGCGUUCGAGCGCCUCCUGGGCUCCUGCAAGGAGAUCAUGAAGAGGAACAUCGCCCACUACGAGGAGCAGCUGGUGGCGCUGUUCGGCUCCAGCAUGGACCUGAGAGACUGAGCCUCCCACACCACCCUCCGUGCCUUCUCUUACACACACACACACACACGCACACACACACACGUCAUACAGUGGCUAUACCGACUCAAGCUUUACACAGAUGGUGCAGAUGAAUUAAAAAGUGUACUUGGCUGAUCUGCAGGUACAUCAAUCUUAAUAUCAGCAUACUCUCCCUAACAUGCACACUCACAUACACACACAUACACACACACACACACCUGUGUAGGCACUGAGAGACACUCACUUUACUUUAAUCUGCUCACACACAAAUUAGUUCAGCAAACCUUGAUAAGCUGAUUUUGGUGGAUAGUUACAAAACACACACAAACACACACACAUACACACACACACCUCUCACCCAGUGCAAGCUAAGGCCACACACUCAUUGCUUGAUGCCAGCUUCGACCUCUCAGUUGGACUGUCUCUGCUGCAGGUAACGCAGGGCAGGAAGUAGACGUGCACUCCCAUUAAAACGCCUCCAUGCUUCAUACGUGCAGGUUUUUGCAUUCACACAAGCACUUAAACAACUCCCCAGUUGUUCCACGCCUCAGCCAAGGACACACCGACACACACACACUGACACACACACACACACACACACACACAAAGUUACAAGUACACACAGUCCAACACGCACAGGCCACCACACGUGCAAAAACAGACACAUUGAGGUGAAAUGGAGACGGAAAACUUAAAAAAAAAAAAAAUCUCUGAAAAGGAAAACGAAUCAAAAAUGCAAAAAAAAAAAAAAAAGAGAGAAAGUUUAAAGAAGACAGAUGAGUUUUAGAAACAUUUUAUGAAAAUAAAGAAACAGAAGCUUUGAUAAAAUAUUAUUUAAAUAAAAAAAAAGUGUUUCCUCUUUGGGAGGCUGGAGCGCUGAACUUUGCGAGCGCGCUCCUCUUCCUCCUCUACUGUUGUUGAUCGAGUUGAGUUGACUUAGUGCUGGUGAUUAUUGCAGUACCACAGAAGAAGAAGCAGUGAAAAAAAAAAAAGAAACAAUAACAACCCUCCAUUUUUCUGGGCCAUUGUUAUUCAGUCAUGGACGCCACACUUCAUUGUAUUGAAUUAAU